AUAUUCAGCAUUCCAGUUUAGAAGCCUAAGAGUCGAGGAACUUAACAAGCCGAUUUUUCGUGAAAAUUUUAAGAAAAACGCAUAAUAAUGGGUGUUGAAAUUGUCGAAAUCAGCCCUGGCGAUGGAACAACUUAUCCAAAAUCUGGGCAAACAGUAGUCGCUCAUUACACCGGAACACUUGAUAACGGCAAAGUUUUCGACUCCUCAAGAAACCGUGGCAAGCCAUUCAAGUUCAAGAUCGGACGGGGUGAAGUCAUUAGAGGAUGGGAUGAAGGUUUCGCAAGAAUGAGUGUUGGACAAAAAGCUAAGCUUAUUUGCAGUCCAGACUUUGCUUACGGAUCAAGAGGCCAUCCAGGCGUAAUACCACCAAACGCAACCUUAACAUUCGAUGUUGAGCUUCUAGGUCUGGAAUAAACUGACUGAAUGUAUGCAUUCACGAUAAAAUAGUAACAAACAAACAAAAUCAUGAGAAGGGAACCAAAAUUUACCAUUUUUUGAUGUUUACAUCCAACUAAUUCUCUUCCAAACUGAAUGUUCAUUACAAUCUUAAAUAGACUAAAUCUUUUAAUAUUCAGCCAAUAUCCCCAAAAUUUUUCGUGUUUACUACAGAUAUUACAUUCAAUAAGAUCCAUUCUUGAAAUUUCUUGCAUUUUUAACUAAAGUUCAUGGGAAAAAAAAGUUAAUUAUACAUUAAUUC